AUGGCGCGUGCAGAGGGCAGCAGGGCGCACGGGGCGCACGGGGCAGCAGGGCAGCAGGGCGCGCGGGGCGCACAGGGCUGCAGGGCGCGCGGGGCGCACAGGGCAGCAGGGCGCACAGGGCUGCAGGGCAGCAGGGCGCACAGGGCUGCAGGGCAGCAGGGCGCGCGGGGCGCGCAGGGCGCGCAGGGCAGCAGGACAGCAGGGCGCGCAGGGCUGCAGGGCAGCACAGGGCUGCAGAUCCCCUCCCCCCCACCGCUGCACCCGCAGCAGGGGGAUGGAGGAGAAAUCCCCUCUCCCCCACUGCUGCACCCGCAGCAGGGGUGGAGGAGAAAAGGGGCGGGGCGGGGGGGGGCUGGUGCUGCAGAUCCCCUCCAGCCUCCCUCUGAACCUCCAAGCUCCCCCCCUCUCCCAACACAGGAUCCCCUCCCCCCCACUGCUGCACCCGCAGCAGGGGUGGAGGAGAAAGGGGGGGGGGGGCGGGGGGGGCUGGUGCUGCAGAUCCCCUCCUGGCUCCCUCUGAACCUCCAAGCUCCCCCCCCCUCCCAACACAGGGUGCGGCAGGGAGAGAGAGAGAGGAGAAAAGGGCGGGGGGGGGGCUGA